CACUGCGCCAAAGCCAGCCAACACUAAGAAGUUUGCCGCGAUCAUCACAACAGUGAUAAUAGGAUUUGUGGUUCUUCUGCUAUUGCCUGGCUUCCUGAUUUGGAGGAAGGUCCGACGCAACAAGGAAGCUACCAUGUUUGAUGGCAUCAUCAGAGGCAAAUGUCCCAUGUACGAUUUCGAAACCAUCAGAGCCGCCACCGGUGGAUUUCAUCCCGAGAACGAAAUUGGGCGCGGUGGCUUUGGCAUUGUUUACAAGGGUCAAAUGCAAGAUGGCCAGAAAAUUGCUGUGAAGAAGUUGUCAACUAACAACAGAGUGCAAGGCAUGAAAGAGUUCAAGAACGACGUGGACCUCAUUGCCAGGCUGCAGCAUCGCAACCUUGUACGCCUGCUUGGCUGUUGCAUCCACUACUCUGAUAGGAUACUCGUCUACGAGUACAUGAGUAACAAGAGCUUGGACAACUUCAUCUUUGAUCUGAGGAGGCGUGCCACUUUGAGCUGGAAGACUAGGAUGGACAUCAUCCUUGGCGUUGCUAGAGGGCUUCUCUACCUUCAUCAGGAUUCGAGGCACACUAUGAUCCACCGAGAUCUCAAGGCAGCCAACGUUCUCCUUAAUGGAGAGAUGGUCGCCAAGAUAUCGGAUUUCGGAAUCGCGAAGUUGUUCAGCAACAUCGACGACAACCAGGAUUCCACCGUCACGGAAAGGAUUGUUGGGACAUUUGGUUACAUGGCACCGGAGUACGCCAUGGACGGCAUGGUAUCAUUCAUGCAGGAUGUGUACAGUUUUGGUGUGUUGUUGCUCGAGAUCGUCAGUGGGAGGAGGAACCAACGAAAUUUCAACCUCAUAGCUCAUGCGUGGAAGCUAUUUGAAGAAAACAAAAGCCUCAAGCUCCUUGACCCAACUGUGCGCGAUGACUGCUCCCAUGAGGAGCUAGAGCAGGCGGCGACGUGCAUCCAGGUAGGGUUAUUGUGCGUUCAAGAGAGCCCGAGCCAACGGCCGCAAAUGGCUGUUGUGAUCCCCAUGUUGUCGCAGCAACAGGUGCCAAGGCGGCCACUUCGACCGGUGGUCUGCAUGCCAGUGAGCACUCGGGACGAUCAUCUCAAUAGGCAGGAGGACACGUCUAGCAACUUCCAGAUGAUCAUUACGGACCUUGAAGGCCGGUAGGUAGAAGGCAUGGAUGGACGAAUGGAAGACAUAUUACUGAGGCCGCCUUGUUCGGUUAAGCCACUCCCCAGGUGGAUUAGAGUGGAUUGAAGGGGAUUUCGAAAGAAUUUGACAUAGAUGGGAUUUAAUCCCUGCCAAUACCUAUCAAUCCCUCCCAUUUGUCAUGUAACCGAAGGAGGCCUCAUGACUUCCUAAAUGUAAUCGGGUAGAACAGGUGCAUGCACUCGGUGGAAUGGAAUGGAUCUACACAAGAAGUGACCUCUUAAUCUGUAAAAUAAUACCUAUGUUAUUCAAGGAGACUGAUAACAUAUUAAAAUUUUGA